AUGCGACCAUUUGCGAUUGGGGACAAAUAUAUCCAAAUCGCAUUUCCAAUCGAUGCCAACGAUGAGGAAAUCGAAGCCGCAAAUGCCUCUGGUACUUUCAUGGAACUAGACUCAUUCGGUUCCACAUGUUCCCUCACAUCCCUUCCUAGACGAACAACUGAGAUGUCUGUUUUCUUUGCUUGUCUUACCCUUCGACAAAUCACCUCUCGCAUCCACAUUGAAUUUGGCGAUAAAGCAACCCGACAAGAAGUGCGCAAUGAUGCCAUAGCCAGAGGAGUCAUUUACUGCCAGUUGGACAAGCUACUUCAGGACUUGGAAAAAUGGCGGUCUUCAACUCCAGUCUUUCCCAGUCCCCAAAAUCUUUAUCAGAUGCCGGAAUGGUAUGACCUUCUUUGUCUCAGGGAGCGCUUGCUUUUGCUUAGGAAGGCGAUUGAUAUCGUUCCGAAACCGGAUAACGUCCCCCCGCGAGAUCUCCUUUCUCUGUGUCUUGAGAGCGCAUUUGGUGCGAUCACAUGCUUUUGUCGACUUUAUGAGUUAAAGAAGAUCACUUUCACUCGAAGCUACUUUCAAAUGCUAUUCACGGCAGGAUUGUCCGUGAUGUUUUGCCUGUCUGUUGUGAGAGACUUCGACAAAGUGACCGUUCGGAAUGCCAUCGAUGCGAUGGUUCUUGGCGAAAAUGCCUUGAAAAGAAUGAGCGAAGAACUUUCAGAUGCGAAGCGAUAUGUUGCAGUCUACGAAGCGCUGCAACGAUAUGUCAUUCGCAAAUACAGCUCCCAGUUGGAACUUGGGCCCUUGCGGAAUUCGCAACGCAUAUUGGAGGUCAACACUUCUCUGUUUCCACCCACUGCAGCAGGCAAUAUGCCUUAUCCGAUAACAGCAUCUGGCGAAAAGCAAGAUCAACCAUUUUUGCAUUCGUCUGUGUUAUCAAACGGCCCACAUUUACAUUCUAACCUCCAAGGGCACUCCUCGUACCAGGCCCCAUCAUUCAGCCCCGAAGGAAUGACGAGUUUGCUAGGGGACACGAACAUGUCAGAAGGAUCCAUGCUAUCCUGGGAUAUCUUUGAAGACAACGCAUUAUGGAAUAUGGAGGCUGGGCUUAAUGAGUAUGCCUACGGAGACCCUCCAGUGAAUUUGUACUUGGGUGAUUCAUUUGAUUUCCAGGGCAUUUUUGAAUAA